CGAAAACGCCAACAAGAGCGAGAGAUGGUUCAAUGAACGAUUAUUGUGAAAGACCUCAGUCUGAGCCCAAAAUACCUGCAAUCAAAAAAAGUGAGAGUUCCUGGGAAAAUAUUUGUCCUCCCCGAGAGAUGCACGUCAUCCAUCAGAUUGAAGAUGGUGCUCUUGUUUUGGAAACAGUGCCUACCACAGUGGUGAGAGACCAGCCUGAGUUGAUUGUGAUCAAGGAGGAACCUUCAGAGGUGGACGUAUGGGGUAGUGGGCCAAAGACCGAACUCAUAAAUGAAAAUGGAGCAGUAACAUCACUUGAUACAGAUGUUGGGUGUCUCGAUGUGCUUCAGCAUUGUCCAGACAGCUCAGACAACCACCCUAUAUUUACUGAGAGCCAGGUGAACCACAGCACUCAGCCCUCAUCCGGAGUGCAAUUGGAGGACCUGGACACGCAUUGGACGCCACCUGCAUGUUCACAGAGCCAGGAUGCGCAGCAGAUCACACCUGCUGCACAGAGAAACUCCAUAACUGGAAACAGCUGUGGUGGUAUAACAAAUGUGCCCUCUCAGAGCUUCAGUGUGGCAAAGUCGAACAUGAAGAUCCACAGCCUGAGAACAUCAGGAGCUAAACGAUUUGGCUGUAUGCAAUGUGGCAAGAACUUCAGGUGUUCUAGUCAGCUGGAAAUACACCAGCGAAGUCACACUGGAGAGAAACCGUACCGAUGCACGCUGUGUGGAAAGAGAUACGCACAGAAAGGGCAUCUUUAUACCCACCAACGCACACACACCGGAGAAAAGCCAUAUCGCUGCCUCGACUGUGGCAAGAGCUUCAUUCAAAAAUGCACUCUCGAUAUGCACCAGCGCACCCACACCGGAGAAAAACCUUAUGUUUGUGUGAAAUGUGGGAAGGGAUUUACUAAAAACUGUAACCUUAAGAAACACAUGGGUGUACAUACAGAGUUUAGCAUGCAUGUUUACAGUGAGUCCGGUUUACAAGAGGACAGAUGGACAAAUAGACCUCAUCCGUACUAGUACCAACCAUAGGCCUACAGCCUCUGCAGUGGAUUUGCUGGACUUCAGUCAUUCAAAGUUUUCCUCAUAGAAUAUUAGUCUUUGCUUUUCAGAAAAAUUAAGCUGUCCUAUUUUUCAACAUUUGCCAGGUCUCUAUUUUGCUGUCUGACAUUUUUAUUUUAUUCAAAUGUAACCUUUAUUUAACUAGGCAAGCCAGUUAAGAACACAUUCUUAUUUACAAUGACGGCCAAACCCGGACGACGUGGGCCAAUUGUGCGCCGCCCUAUGGGACUCCAAAUCACGGCCGGAUGUGAUACAGCCUGGAUAUCGUUUUCCUCAUUUGAAAUCGGUUUUGGAGAGAGGCAGUCUGCCCCCGCGAUAGAGAGUGUCUUUGGUAAGGACUGGUGCAUGGAUCUAUGGAGAGAUGGGGAGUCAAUCCCUCAGGAUAAAGAGACAACAAUUGGAUCGGCAAUCUUGGGCGAUGAUGAGGUCACUCAGGCAGUAGACUUGGUGGACAAUGAGCCUGACUUGGUGUUUAUCAAAGAAGAGCUGUUUGAGGAUCAGCCAGUGGACCAGCAGAGGGGACAUGCAAGCAACAGAAAAACUUCCCACAAUAAGUUAGGAGGAAUGGGCCAAAAUUCACCCGACAGAGCUGGUGUAACUAAAUCAGGGAGCGUAGCUGUGGAGGAUGCUCCAGCAGUAGAGAGAGCAGCUGCCAGUCAACUUCACCUAUACAAGGGGGACUUGAACACAUACCCUACAGGCAGCCAUCAGGUACAGCCUGACACAGAGCAGCCCACAUCCAUUGAGAGUCUCAUGGAAGACCCCACUCUGGCUGGUCUGGUUGACCACACAGCAGAGCCUGGCCCUGACACAGCCGAUGGGAUGUACAUGGACUAUCCUCCCCGCAACACAUACGCACCAAGAAACCGCCCAAGCCACCAGCAGGGAACUGGAAAAGACCUGAAGCAGCAGUUUGACUGUUUGUUUUGUGGGAAGAGCUUUGGUUAUUUGAGCUACUUGAAAGUCCACAUCAGACGCCACUCCGGAGAGAAACCGUUUGGCUGCACCGUUUGCGGGAAGCGCUUUGCUCAGAAGACUUACCUGAAGCUGCAUCAGCGUACACACUCUGGGGAGAAACCUUACAGUUGCACAGAGUGUGGGAAGAGUUUCUCUCAGAAGAGCUCGUUGAAUGUCCAUCUCCGGAGUCACACCGGGGAGAAGCCUUAUAGCUGUGUCGACUGUGGGAAGAGCUACACCUAUAAACACGGUUUUAACACACACCAAUGUUUCAAUUAAUUGUAUUUUAUUUACAUUUCAACCUUGUUUUGAAAACUGGCAACUGAAACAUCUUUAGCCGUAUUGUAAUCAUGGUUUUCAGUAGGUAGAUUUUUUUUAAAGUUAACUGUUUUGCGCUACUGUGUGCCCUAAUGACCAAGCUGUUACUCUUCACUACAUGGCAGAUAACUGUUCCAUUCAAGUUUUCCCUCUGCUCUGAUUGUAGGAUUGCCCACACACUGCCUUGUUGUCACACAAUUGGCAAGAGACUAGACAUUUUUGAAGUAUCUCUAAAGACAUGUACUGUUUGUGCUAAACAGUGGUGGUCCUGAUACCAGUUGUUUGUGCUACUGUGAAGAAUGCCAGUGUAGUAGACCGGUCACGUAAACGUGUGCCAAAUAAUUUUCUGUAAUGAAUUAAAUGGGUACAGUAAUACAUUUACUUAUUUGUACUCACAUUACAUUUGUAUUCCAUAUGUUAUAAAAAUGUAAACAUGGCAAUGAUUAAAUGAUUGAAAUGUUA